AUGGCAAGUACCGAGGAAGCAAAUGUUAUGGCGAAGAAUAUCUUCGAAAAGGUGGUAGUUGAUAAAAAACAAGAUGAUAUACAGAAAAUUGUGGAAACUGUGGUACAAACAUGGGAGUUGGUGAACAAAGAUCCUCUUAAACAUGGCAAGGUUUUUUACAGAAGUGAGCUGGGUAAUCUUCAAGAACUCACUCCAAAAUUGAAAGUUCUUGGUGCAAGACAUUUCCUUGAUUACGAAGUUAAACCCGAGCACUUCAAGCCUGUUGGCGAGUGCUUACUUUGGACAUUAAAAGUUGGUUUGGGAGAAUUAUUUACAACGGAAGUUGAGAGAGCGUGGACUGUUAUAUACACAAUGCUUGCUGACGUCAUGAUUGAAGGAGGAAAGACUGUGAUGGACGGUGGAUCGAUUAGUGUAAACUGA